CAGAUCCGUCUAUGAUGGAGACUUGGUAUAGCCAUCGUGUUUCCACAUCUGGGGUCGAAGGGACACUACGCUAUCAAUGCACUAGCGCCAUGCAGCCGCCCUCGGCACCAACGUCGCGUGGCGCACAGCUCCACCGCGAUCGCGGCUCCGUGUGCUGGUACAUAUUCGCACGUAGGGCGCUGGAAGUGAAUGAUCACGCAAUGCUCAGUUCACUAGUCCGCGCGACAGUCGCACAUAAAUGAGCUUAGAAGCCACUGACCAAGCUGGCGAGACACAUCUUGCUGCGCAACGACAACAACAGCACAAGAUGACGAGCACGACCUACAAGUCGCGCGAGUAUACGGAGAAGCCCGCUCCGCCGGAAUCAGAUAUCGAAUCAGCUCUGGAAGCGCACGAAAUGGGCAGCACGGAAGAUGGUACAGAGGGCGCUGAGCACCACGCUCGAGAGAAUUCGAAGGCCGCCGACGCCGAACGCCCACCGCUUACACGAGUUGUUACUGCGCAAGACUGGUCAGGGCCUGAUGACCCCGAGAACCCUCUCAAUUGGAGUCUGCUGAAGAAGGCCUGUCAUUUCUGGCCUGUCGCUUUUCUCGGCUUUGCAGUGACAGCAGCCUCAUCGAUAAUCACCCCUGCAAACCGGGACCUACAGAUCUACUUUGGAGUCUCGAGAACGGUUGCCAUCCUACCACUUACGCUGUACGUGAUUGGACUUGGACUUGGACCUACCAUCGCUGCACCUGUUUCGGAGAUGUAUGGGCGAUCAAUCGUUUACAAGAUCACUCUCCCGGUGUGCAUACUCUUUCUCGUCGGCUCAGGGCUCUCGAAAUCCUUCGCCAGUCUCUGUGUGACUAGAAUCCUUGCUGGAAUUGCUGGAGGUCCAGUGCUAGCGGUCGGUGCGGGCACGAAUGCCGACACGUUCCUACCUAAGGAUCGUGCAUUUUCCUCAUCGUUGUUCAUCAUGAUGCCCUUCCUGGGCCCAGGACUCGGACCCAUCAUCGGGGGUUUCGCUGCGCAGUAUCGAGGCUGGCAGUGGACAAUCUGGUGCAUGAUCAUCAUUCUUGGCGUCGCCUAUCUCACCUGCCUGCCAAUGCACGAAACUUACAAGAAGACGAUACUGCAGAAACGCGCCAAGAAAUUGGGACUGAAACCUCCACCAGGACCUAAUGUGUUCAGCAUUGGAUAUCUCAAGACGCUUUUGAUGAUGACCAUUGGGCGACCUGUCACGAUGAUCUUCACUGAGUCCAUCGUGUUUCUUUUCGGCGUGUACAACUCUUUCGCUUUCGCCAUUCUCUUCUCGUUCUUCGCUGCAUUCCCCUACACAUUCACCACGGUCUACAACUUCAAUACAUGGCAGAACGGCUUGGUAUUUGGUUCAGUGGGCGUCGGCGUGAUUGCUGGCGUUGCUGUCAGCAUUACGUGUGACAGAUUGAUCUACUUGAAGAAGCACAAAGUAGCAGCGGCUCAAGGCAGACCCAUGUUACCACCAGAGGAACGUUUAUACCCAGGCAUGAUCGGUGCAUUCGCAUUGCCAAUUGGACUCUUUUGGUUCGCCUGGACUGCUCGCAGCGACGUUCACUGGAUCGUGCCAAUUCUUUCCGGGAUCCCCUUCGCACUCGGUAAUAUGGCUUUGUUCCUGUCAUCGGUCUUGUAUCUGAUGGAUGUCUACGGCCCGAUGAAUGGCGCAAGCGCAAUGGCAGCCAAUGGCCUCAUGAGAUACACAACAGGGGCAGUGUUUCCCCUUUUCGCAGUCCAGAUGUACGAACGUUUGGGGAUUGACUGGGCGACAUCACUCCUUGGCUUCAUUUGCGUUGCCAUGUUGCCCAUCCCGUUCGUCUUCUACAAAUAUGGUCCACAGAUCCGGAAACGAAGCCGCUACAACACAGCAUGAUUUUCUUGAUGAGAUCAGGCAACACUCAACACAAAUUGCGCCUCACAGAACGAG